AUGUCGUUGGCUAGAGGUCGCAAUCAAUUUUCAACUCGUGGUUAUUCAUUUCAACUAACAUUUGCAGAGUUUUCUCAUCCUCCAAGUGAACGUGAAGGGCGUGGCCGUGUCCCUCGUCUCCUAAGAGCAGCUACAGAUCCAUUAGGAGGAGGAGGAAUUGAUGUAGCACAAGGAGGUGGCAGUGGUGGUGGUCCAGUGAGAGGAAUACCAAAGGAUAAUGUGAUAUUUGCUGAGAGUGUAACGUCACCAGGAGUACCUGUAGUGUACAGGCCACCUGAAGAGAGAAUGAUUAAUCCUGAUAGAUUGAAUCUUGACCGCAGAAACCUUUUUACUUGCCCAAUAUUAGAAGGUGAAGAACAUCUUCGACUCCUUAACCUCCAGCACAACUGCAUAACACGGAUUCAGCACCUUACCCCUUUAAGACGACUGGUAUUUCUUGACCUUUACGACAAUAAAAUUGAAGAUAUUAAUGGACUAGAAUCACUUCAUUCUCUUCGUGUAUUAAUGCUUGGAAGAAACAGAAUCUCUCAAAUAACUGGUUUAGAUGGACUUACAAAGCUUGAUGUGUUGGAUCUUCAUGGAAACUUGCUGAGGUAUAUAGAUAAUAUAGGACACUUGAGUCACUUAAGAGUUCUCAAUUUAGCUGGCAAUAAUAUAACAGUUGUUGAGGAUCUCUCUGGAUUGUCUUCAUUAGCUGAAUUAAACUUGCGUAGAAAUAGAAUUACUCACUUUGAUUGUGGUAGUCUACCUCUCCUACAGCGCCUCUUUCUUAGUCAUAAUCUUAUUGAAAGUUUUGAUGACAUAUCUAGUACUACUUUCUGUACAUCACUGAAUGAUUUAUCAAUUGAUGGUAAUCCUUUGGCUAAUAAUCCUGAUCACAGAAACCUUAUAAUAUCUUAUCUUACUAAUCUUGUCACACUCAACCAAUCUCCAGUUUCUGAAGAAGAGAGGAAGCAGUCUCUAUUAGCUGCUAGACAGGAAGAGAUUAAGCUAAAUGAGCUUCAUAAGCAAUUGAAAUUAAUGGAACAACGUGAGUCACUUAUUGCAACUGUCAAGUCAGAAUGGGAAGCUAAGCAAACUGAUCCUAGAUCAGGUUGUUCCAGCAGUUAUAUUGAUAAUGAAAAGAACUCACUUGUUUUAUAUGGCGGUAAAUCACUCAAGAUUUUCAAGUCUAAUCGACUGCCAUCAGUCACUCAAUUGGCACUGCAUUACAUGACUUUUAAAGAAGAAACGGAGAGUUUUUCACUCAUUAAAGAGAGUUUACCAGUCCUACAGCAUCUGGAGUGCCAUUGUUUGAAUUUGUCGACUUUGUUAGACUUGAGGUCGCUGUAUAGCUGCCUUCCUUCAUCACUUAGUUCAUUAACUAUCACUAAUGACGGUAACCCAGUCACUGAUCAUCCUCUUUACGUACAAUGGCUUGGAUUCCUCCUUCCUCGUGUGUCUAUUAAUGGAAUCAAAGAUUGUCAAGGACAUUUGUUUGCUCCUUAUGGUCAACUACUUAAUGCAUCUGAGUACACUAUGUAUGAGCCAGAAAAUGCUGAAACUAAGGAAAAGGCUAGAACUAUAGCAAGGCAAGUCCAGCAAGAAGUACUAAAGCAAGUUCAUAGGAAAGAUCGGUUUGAUAAACUCUGGCCAACCCUCGUCAAUAAGUUAGUAGAAGAGGCAGUGUUGUCAUCAUGAUUCAUAAGACACAAUGUUGUGUUAUCCUAAGAAUGUAUUAUCAAAAUAGGUAAAUGCCACAACCAAACUUGUUAAAAUAGAUUCAAUUGCUACAUUAUUGUUAUUAUUGAUUAAUUUGUUUGUCACUACAAUUUGAAUUAAUUUCAU